AUGAAGAAGGGAAACCUGACACCAAAGACCAUCACGGCCCCUCUAGCCGCCUUCACGAUGGCCUGUAUCCUCUUCGCAGACAUCCCCACGGCCCGAGCCAUGGACCCGGCAACGGUAGCCCGUCUUAAGGUUCCCAAUGCAUUGGAUCUUGUGAGCGUGGCGCCAAAACCGCGCUGUGCUGAACGAACGCAGCGCGGCAAGUUCACCGGAUAG